AGCAGGAGCAGGACCGGGAGCAGAAGCAGGACCGGGAGCAGGAGCAGGAGCAGGAGCAGGACCGGGAGCAGGAGCAGGAGCAGGAGCAGGAUGUCGGUGCUCAGCGCAGUGCCUUUCCUGAAGCCCGUCCAUGUGAGGUCCCCCCGCAGCCCUCCCGGCCGCCAGCGCCGUCACACGCUGCCUGCCAGCGAGUUCCGCUGCCUCAGCCCCGAGGAUGCCGUCAGCGUGUUCGAGAUCGAGAGGGAAGCCUUCAUCUCCGUCUCCGGGGACUGUCCCCUCCACCUGGAUGAGAUCCGGCACUUCCUGAACCUGUGCCCGGAGCUGUCCCUUGGCUGGUUUGAGGAGGGGCGGCUCGUGGCCUUCAUCAUCGGCUCCCUCUGGGACCAGGAGAGGCUCAGCCAGGCAGCGCUGACCCUGCACCGGCCGCAGGGCUCGGCCGUGCACAUCCACGUGCUGGCCGUGCACCGGGGCUGCCGGCAGCAGGGCAAGGGCUCCAUCCUCAUGUGGCGGUACCUGCAGCACCUGCGGGGGCUGCCCGCCGCCCGCCGCGCCCUGCUCAUGUGCCAGCGCUUCCUCGUGCCCUUCUACCAGAAGUGCGGGUUCCGGGCGCUGGGGCCCUGCGCGGUCACGGUCGGGGACUUGGCCUUCGUGGAGAUGGAGCACGCCGUGCGGGGACAUGCCUUCCUGCGCAGGAACAGCGGCUGCUGA